AUGUCGACCCUAACCGAAAUCAAAUCUGAGGCUGACUUCAACUCGCAUAUCGCCUCCCUGCCCUCCUCUUCGCUGGCUGUUAUCUACUUUCACACUCCAUGGGCUGCACCCUGCGCCCACAUGCGCACUGUCAUCUCCACUCUCGCAUCCCAGUACCCCGUCGCUAACCCCCCGACUAUCUCCUUUGUCAGUGUUGAUGCAGAAGAACUCCCGGAUAUCUCGGAGGAAUACGAUGUGACGGCCGUUCCCUUCAUAGUCCUCGUGCGCGAUGGUAAGGUCCUGGAAUCCGUGAGCGGGAGCGACGCGGCCAAGGUUCUGGAUGUCGUGGAGCGGCAUGCGGGUCGUGGAAGUCACGCUGGCACUGUAGCCGGAGCGAAUGGAACGAAUAAGGCGACUAUCCCUCCACCGUUGAGCGCGGUUCCCAGAGAAGACACUCCCAAGACCGCCACCGAAUCACCUGCGGCUGCAGCUAGCACAGUGUCGUCUUCAGCUCCGGCACAGACACCCGAGAAGUCGAAGGAGGCGCUUUUUGCACGGCUCGCGGAGCUCGUCAAAGCUGCGCCGGUCAUGCUGUUCAUGAAGGGUACGCCUAGCAGUCCCCAGUGCGGUUUUAGUCGGCAGCUAGUUGGGAUCCUGCGCGAGAGGAGUGUCAAGUACGGUUUCUUCAACAUCCUGGCAGAUGAGGAUAUUAGGCAGGGCUUGAAGGAGUUUGCAGACUGGCCAACUUAUCCCCAACUGUGGGUGGAUGGAGAAUUGGUCGGGGGGUUGGACAUUGUCAAGGAAGAGAUCAACAACGAUCCUGAUUUCCUCAAAGCAUACUCGGUCAACAAGACUGCUGCGCCGGUGGCAUAA